AUGGGGGCCGCGACGCUGGCGGGAGCCUGGGCGGCCCCCAAUGCCACAGCGGCAGGCCCAGCGGCGGGCGCCAACAGCAGCGGGCCAGCGCUGCCCCUCUUCCACCUAUUCGCCCUGAUGGACGAAGAGCUGCACGCGAGCUUCCCGGGCCUGUGGCUGGCGCUGAUGGCCGCACACGGAGCCAUCUUCCUGGCGGGGCUGGCGCUCAAUGGGCUGGCGCUGUACGUCUUCUGCUGCCGCACGCCGGCCAGGACGCCGUCCAUCACCUACACCAUCAACCUGGUGGUCACCGACCUGCUGGUGGGCCUGUCCCUGCCCACCCGCUACGCGGUCUUCUACGGCGCCCGCGGCUGCCUGCGCUGCGCCUUCCCGCACGUCUUCGGCUACUUCCUCAACAUGUACUGCUCCAUCCUCUUCCUCACCUGCAUCUGCGUGGACCGCUACCUGGCCAUCGUGCCGCCCGAUGGCUCCCGCCGCUGGCGCCAGCCGGCCUGUGCCCGGGCCGUGUGCGCCGCGGUGUGGCUGGCGGCGGGCGCCGUGACCCUGUCCGUGCUGGGCGUGGCGGCCGGCGGCGCGCCCUGCUGCCGCCUCUUCGCGCUGACCGUGCUGGAGUUCCUGCUGCCGCUGAUGGUCAUCAGCGCGUUCACGGGGCGCAUCGUGUGCGCGCUCUCGCGCCCGGGCCUGCUGCGCCAGGGCCGCCAGCGCCGGCUGCGGGCCACGCAGCUCCUGCUGACCGUGCUGCUCAUCUUCCUCGUCUGCUUCACGCCUUUCCACGCCCGCCAGCUGGCCGUGGCGCUGUGGCCAGACCUGCCGCGCCGCGCCAGCCUGGUGGCCUACCACGUGGCCGUGACCUUCAGUAGCCUCAACAGCUGCCUGGACCCCAUCGUGUACUGUUUUGUCACCAGCGGCUUCCAGGCCACCGUCCGCGGCCUCUUCCGCCGGCGCGAGCCGGGCGCUGGGGCCACCGUUACCAUGCCCAAGAGUGCCAGGGAUUCGGCUGACCACAUCCUGGCCGCCAGCCCGCGCACGCCCCCACUGGCCCUGGCUAGAGGGCCGGAGGCCUAG